AUGCCCAACUCACCUUCCCCACUGUGGAUUAUGCCCAACUCACCUUCCCCACUGUGGAUUAUGUCCAACUCACCUUCCCCCACUGGGGAUUAUGUCCAACUCACCUUCACAAAUGUGGAUUACGCCCAACUCACCUUCUCCACUCUGAAUUAUGCGCAACUCACCUUCCCCACUGUGGAUUAUGGCCAAUUCACCUCCCCCACUGUGGAAUAUAUCCAACUCAUUUUCCCAUGUGGAUUAUGGCCAACUCACCUUCCCCACUGUGGAUUACGUCCAACUCACCUCCCCCCACUGUGGAUUAUGUCCAACACAUUUUCCCAUUUGGAUUAUGUCCAACUUACCUUCCCUACUGUGGAUUAUGCACAACUCACCUUCCCCACUGAGGAUUAUGUCCAACACAUUUUCCCAAUUGGAUUAUGUCCAACUCACCUUCCCCACUGUGGAUUAUGCACAACUCACCUUCCCCACUGUGGAUUAUGCCCAACUCACCUUCCCUACUGUGGAUUAUGCCCAACUCACCUUCCUGACUGUGGAUUAUGUCCAACUCACCUUCCCUACUGUGGAUUAUGCCCAACUCCCCUUCUCGACUGUGGAUUAUGUCCAACUCACCUUCCCCCACUGUGGAUUAUGUCUAGUUCACCUUCCCCCACUGUGGGUUAUGUCCCCCUCACCUUCCCCAUUGUGGAUUAUGCCCUACCCACCUUCCCCCACUGUGGAUUAUGUCCAACUCCCCUUCGCACUGUGGAUUAUGUCCAACUCAUUUCCUAUCUGGAUUAUGUCCAACUAUCCUUUACCACUUUGGAUUAUGUCCAAUUCACCUUCCCCACUGUGGAUUAUGUCCAACUCACCUUCCCCACUGUGGAUUAUGUCCAACUCAUUUUCCCAUGUGCAUUAUGUACAACUCACCUUCCCCACUGUUUAUUAUGUCGAACUCACCUUCCCCACUGUGGAUUAAGUCCAACUCACCUUCCCGCACUGUGGAUUAACUCCAACUCACCUUCCACACUGUGGAUUAUGUCCAACUCACCUUCCCCACUGUGGAUUAUAUCUAACUCAUUUUCCCAUGUGGAUUAUGUCUAA